UUCUCCUCUGGCUCUCCAUGCAUUUAAAUUUUGAGCCUCCGGGGUCGCCUCCAACACCAUAUCUCCUCCAUUUUGGGGCUUGCUUUUUCCCGGAAAAUAUCCGCGGCAUCCAUAGCCUUUCGGUGCGGGUGCCUCGGUGCUGCCUUCUCGUCCUUCUCCUUUGAUACUUUGAACCCAACAUGGGUGCCUGCUGCAGUACACAAAUCAAGUACAACGGUUGCCGCCCUCACGAACAUGAUUUGGAGGAGAUAGAAGACAGGGUCGCCCACGAGGACGGUGAUACCACUAUUCGACGCGAUGGGGCCAUCGUGAGAUUCCAGGGAUCCUCUUCCUACACAUCUAUGUACACCCGACAGGGGAAAAAAGGGGUCAAUCAGGACGCCAUGACCGUUUGGGAGAACUUUAUGGGUGAGAAGAAUGUGUUCUUCUGCGGUGUGUUUGACGGUCAUGGUGCAUCAGGUCACAGGAUUGCGCGCUAUAUAUGUGACACCUUACCCCUCAAGCUCUCUUCAGUCAUCAGAGCAUCACAACCUGAUGCCUGCCAAGAAAAUGUUGAUGCUGUUGCCGUUGGACAAAAUCAUGGUAAAGAUGAUAGCACUGGUGUUAACAAAGACAGUGACAAGGAAGACAGCAAUCACAAUGAGAUCUUAUCUUCUUGGGAGGCAAGUUUGAUUCAAGCUUUCGGAGAAGUGGAUGAAGAUCUUAUGUUGGAAGAGUCUCUUGAUAGUUACUGCAGUGGUACGACAGCUGUAAUUAUUGUUAAGCAGGCUGAACACUUAAUAGUUUCAAACUUGGGGGAUUCUCGUGCCGUUCUUUGCACUAGAGACGACACAAACCAACUUGUUCCCGUCCAACUCACAGUUGAUUUGAAACCUAGCAUACCAAGUGAAGCUGAAAGAAUCCAAAGGUACGGUGGCAGGGUCUUUGCAAUGGACGAAGAACCAAAUGUACAAAGAGUGUGGAUGCCCAAUCAAGAUUACCCUGGUCUAGCCAUGGCAAGGGCUUUUGGGGAUUUCUGCCUGAAGGAUCAUGGUCUCAGCUCAAUCCCUCAAGUUUCUUAUAGAAGGCUUACAAGCAAAGACGAAUUUGUAGUGCUAGCAACUGAUGGGGUGUGGGAUGUGCUAACCAACAAUGAGGUCAUAAGAAUAGUUGCUUCGGUAAAGAAACGAUCCAUAGCAGCUAAACUUCUGGUAUAUUAUGCUGUUCAAACAUGGAGAACCAAGUAUCCAGGUUCCAAGGUCGAUGAUUGUGCGGUCGUAUGCUUAUUCCUGAAAAAACGACCAUUCGUAUCAAGAUCCUUUUCUGACAUGAGGCAGCACACAGGAAGCCAUCUAGACGUUACAGAUUCUAGCAUUUCUAAAGACAAGAAAACUGAUGAAGGCGAGACCGUAAUAAAUUGCAGUAUUACUAUGGACCCGAAGGCCCUUGAUAAAUUAAAUAGAGUAAAUACUUACAUGAAGCGUUCUCGGCUUGGCAGUCAGAGUCGGAGGAUAUUAGUUCAGGAUUUUGGAGGAACCGAAGCCAAAUGGUAAUCUCUAACGAUUUUCCAAACUGGACAAUGAGGUUUUCCUGGUAUUGGAGGCAUUGAGAAUUUUACAAGUUAAAAGUAUACUCAGUGUGAUAGAAGUCCUCAUUUUGGAGGGAGGGGAAAUAGUAUAUGCCUAUUCUCUUCGACUUCCAUUUAUAAAUAGUCAGAAUUUGAUAAAAAUUUGAUGCAACUCUAGCACUUUUGCCCA